AUGGCGCCCUCCUCUGCAGCUCCCCAAUCAUCCCGCAAGAAGCAGACACUACUAGUAUUACUCAUCUCUGUGCUUCUACUGCUAGCUUCCCAAACCCAGCUAGCGUCCUCUGCUCUGAUACUAAGCUACAGAAACCACCACCGGCAGCAGCACAACACCCUCCUCCCCAGGAUCCAGACCAACCGAACCGGCUGCGCAUUGUUCGAAGGCAGCUGGGUCCGCGACGAUUCUUACCCGGUCUACUCUUCCUCCACUUGCUCCUUCAUCGACCCUAAUUUCAACUGCCAGGUCUACGGCCGCCCAGAUUUCACUUACCCCAAGUAUCGCUGGAAGCCCCUCGGCUGCGAGCUCCCCAGGUUUGAUGGGCAGCAGUUUCUGCAGAGGAUGAGUGGGAAGAGCUUGAUGUUCGUUGGCGAUUCGAUUUCGCGGAAUCAGUUUGAAUCGUUGAUUUGUAUGAUUAUGGCGUCGCUGCCUCGGACGACGACUCAGUUGAACGGCGGGGACCCUCUGUCCUCUGUCAAGUUCUUGGAAUAUGAUGUUACGAUCUCAUUUUACAAGUCACCAUAUUUGGUAGACAUAGUUGAGGAGCAAGGGAAGAGAGUUCUGAAGCUGGACCAAAUCUCCAACAACGCUGCCAUCUGGCGCAACGCCGACGUUCUGUCCUUCAACACUGGCCAUUGGUGGAAUCAUCAAGGUCAACUUCAAGGAUGGGAAUACAUGGAAACUGGAGGCACAUAUUACAAAGACAUGGAUCGCUUGACUGCAAUGGAGAAAGCUAUGAGGGCAUGGGGUAACUGGGUUGAUACCCACUUUGAACGAUCCAAUACCCGUGUCUUCUUCCUCUCCACUUCUCCAACCCACUAUGACCCUAGCUUGUGGAGUGCCGGAGCAACCGCUGCAACGAAGAACUGUUACGGGGAGACAUCUCCGGUGAGCGGAACAACAUACCCAGGAGCGUUCCCAGAUCAAUUGAAGGUUGUGGAGGAAGUGAUCCAAGAAAUGCGGAGGCCACCAUACCUGCUAGACAUUACAAUGCUCUCAGGUCUAAGGAAAGAUGCUCAUCCUUCGAUCUACAGCGGCGAUUUAAGCCCCCAGCAGAGGGCAAACCCUCUGAGAGGAGCUGAUUGCAGCCAUUGGUGCCUUCCUGGCCUCCCUGAUACUUGGAACCAAUUGUUCUACACUGCCCUCUUCUUUUAG